UGUCCUUCGGUGUGGUAGGGGGUCCUCCUCCCUAGAAAGUUUCCAUCGACACCAGUGUGCUUUUAUUCCGGGCUGGCGGUGCAAUGCCAUGCAUAUGCAAAUGUACAUGCUGGAGGGGGCAUCAAGGUGGAACAUGGGCCGGGCUAAGGAGGCAGUAGACGUGGAGGGGGCCUCAACCUUAAGAAGCUUUGAUGUUCGCUUGAUGUCCCAGCUCAACAACUUAAGCCAGCGCGUCCAUGGUUGUGCUCUGGUGCCAGAGUUCACCCCACCCGGAAAACCUACUGGUGAGCGCAUAGCGGUGGAAUAUUUAUUGUCCCAGACCAACAGAGGUGACCUGCUAGCUCCAUCGCAGGUCUCUGAAAUCCCCUCGCAGGUGCUGGAGGAGGAGGAGGAUGAGCCAGAUGACCCCAUCAGCAUGCCUGACAUUGUCGGUCAGUCAGCUGAGAUGGGGGCUGGUGAUCCAAGUGCUGUGGAGGGUGACCCUGAGCCCGGACCCCUCGUCACAGAGACCAGCCAAUGUGACUCGAGGGGUGUUGUGGGAUGGGAAAAAGUUGAUGCCCUUGCAGCCUACCUAGUUGGCUUGAAUCGUACCAUCACCGCCUUGUCAGCCAAGGAGGAGAGGGACAUAGUCCACCUGCUAAGAAAAAGGCACAUGCAUCAGGAGGACCAUGGAGAGCACCCAGGAAGCCGAGUGGCUCUGCUCCUGGACAGCAGGCGGCAGAGAGGUGCUUGA